UCUGUAGCAUUGAAUGUGUUAACACAGAAGGGAAGUCCUAUUGACUGCUGAUGUGACUCAAUAGGCUUGUGUUGAGUGGCUUAUGUAAAUAGACAUUUGUAAUUAUAUCAUCAUAGGAUGAACCAGCCCCCCUGCUUCUCCCCCUAUGUCCAAUAAGAAAAGACCCAGCUUGACACCUGCCUAUAUACAGAGGAAAGGAGCAAAUAUCCAGAACACUCAUCUUUUCUCCACCACAAACAAAUAUUAGGUCACUUGAAAAGAUCCAGAGAGGAAGAGGGGGUUAACCAAAAGCCUCAUUUACCAGCAUCCAGCUAUGACUUCCAGUAAAAUAGAGAUGCCUGGAGAAGUGAAGACAGACCCUGCAGCUCUGAUGGCCUCUUUACAUCUUCUGCCUUCACCCACCACAAACCUGGAGGUCAAGCACACUAAGAUCUUUAUAAACAACGAGUGGCAGAGUUCUGAGAGUGGAAAGGUGUUUCCGGUCUAUAAUCCAGCUACUGGAGAGGAGAUAUGUGAAGUUCAAGAAGCUGAGAAGGCUGAUGUGGACAAAGCAGUAAGAGCUGCACGCUUAGCCUUUUCCUGGGGUUCUGUAUGGAGAAGAAUGGAUGCAUCCGAAAGGGGCAGACUCCUAGAUAAACUGGCUGAUUUGGUUGAAAGAGAAAGAGCUAUCCUUGCCACACUUGAAUCCCUAAAUAGCGGCAAGCCCUUUUUACAGUCUUUUUAUGUGGAUCUCCAAGGUGUGAUUAAAACAUUCCGAUACUAUGCUGGCUGGGCAGACAAAAUACAUGGCAUGACCAUACCGGCAGAUGGAGAUUACUUUACAUUUACAAGGCACGAACCUAUCGGAGUGUGCGGACAGAUCACUCCAUGGAACUUUCCCCUCUUGAUGUUCGCAUGGAAGGUAGCCCCAGCUUUGUGCUGUGGGAACACUGUGGUAAUAAAGCCAGCUGAACAGACGCCACUCACUGCACUCUACAUGGGAGCCCUCAUCAAGGAGGCUGGGUUUCCACCAGGAGUUGUUAAUAUUUUGCCAGGAUAUGGUCCAACUGCAGGCGCAGCAAUAACUUCACACCCUGGCAUAGAUAAAGUAGCAUUCACUGGCUCUACAGAGGUUGGAAAGCUGAUUCAAGAAGCUUCUGGGAAAAGCAACCUUAAAAGAGUGACCCUUGAAUUAGGCGGGAAAAGUCCCAACAUUAUAUUUGCAGAUACAGAUUUGGACUAUGCUGUGGAACAGGCACACCAAGGAGUCUUCUUCAAUCAAGGGCAAUGUUGUACUGCAGGCUCACGAACAUUUGUGGAAGACUCUAUUUAUGAUGAAUUUGUUCGGAGGAGUGUUGAACGAGCAAAGAGGCGAAUAGUUGGGAGUCCUUUUGAUCCAACUACAGAACAAGGCCCACAGACUGACAAGAAACAAUAUAAUAAAAUCCUGGAUAUGAUUCAGAUUGGUAUUGCUGAAGGCGCUAAACUGGAAUGUGGUGGCAAACCUCUAGGAAGGAAAGGAUUCUUCAUAGAGCCUACAGUCUUUUCUAAUGUGACAGAUGAAAUGAGGAUUGCAAAAGAGGAGAUAUUUGGACCAGUACAACAAAUACUAAAGUUUAAAACCAUGGAAGACGUUAUAGAGCGAGCCAACAACUCUGACUUUGGCCUAGUUGCAGCUGUAUUUACAAAUGAUAUCAACAAGGCCCUUACAGUGUCAUCAGCGAUGCAGGCUGGGACUGUAUGGAUAAACUGCUACAAUGCCUUAAAUGCCCAAAGUCCAUUUGGAGGAUAUAAAAUGUCUGGAAAUGGAAGAGAAAUGGGAGAGUAUGGUCUGCGGGAAUACACAGAAGCAAAAACUGUGACCAUAAAGAUCCCACAGAAGAAUUCCUAAGGCUUGAGACUGAGCAACAUUGAAAUCUGCAUAUGACCAUUGCUUGAAAGCAUUUAAGUGUUGGCAAUUCUCAAUCUGCAUUUUGGUCAUUAUAAGUGAAUUGUUAAGAUGUACUUGGACUGAGCUUUUUUUGUUGGACAUUUGGUCUGCUGCCACCUCUCUAAAAUGUAUUCAGACCACUACUCAGGAAAAGAAUGCAUUGAUCAAUAACCUAUUUAAGCAAUUUCUGUAACUACCAACACAGGAACCUGGAAAGAAUUAUUAAUCUUAGGUCUCCAUAACACUUUUACAUAUAAGAUUGUGGAUUGUACUGCUCUUUAUUAUACAUACAGUAGAUUAUAAUGAGAUUUGCCCACAUUUAAUGCUUAGUAGGAGACUUUGUCUUUUGAGGUACUGAAGUUUCAAGCUCUUCCGACUCUUACAAGCCACUUGCUUGUAUAGAGAAAACUUAGACGUUUCUUUUUCUUUUUUCUUUUUUGUAAAUAUUCUAGAUUUCACUCUUCAAGAAAAAAAUGUCCUCUUAUAAUUGAACUUGGGCUAGAUAACAUCCUAUUUAUAACAAGACUUUAAUUUCUUGUAAUCUAACUAAUGUUUUUAAAUUGGAUUUUAAUUAUAAGGUUUUAUUACUGAUGAUGGCCCUUAAGAUGACAAGGAGUGGGAGGGAAAGGGUUUUUUUUUUCUUCUUCUAGUAGAUCCAGCUUUCAUAGUAAUAAAGAACAGGAAGUUCAGCCUCAACAUUCUAAAUGAUAUAUUAAAGCUUCCAUUACUGGCUUUAUUGCUCAAUAAAAUGGACACUAGAUAAUUCAAGCAGAUGUUUCAUUUUUUUUUUUCUUUUGGACAUUUUUAAAUGUUUACAUGAAAUGACUAGUAAAAUGUGGAAGAGCUCUGCCUUUUAAGUAUGUCCAUUUUAUAGUCUUGUAAGAGUUCCUAAAACUGCAAUACAUAUGAAAUGAUACUGUAUACUGUUUUAAUGCCUUCCCUUUCAUUGACACUGUUUUAUAGGUUGGUGGGCUAGAUACCUACCUUUGUAUAUAUUUAAAUUUUUCAUUAGAACAGGGUUAAACUUGCCAUUGCUUAUUAUAUGGUAACUAUUGUCUGCUCACAUACUGCAUGUAUGUGUCAAUAUAUGUAUUCUCUGUUUCUGACUUUCUCAUGUUGUAACCUGCUUCACAUUACUGUGAAUAUUUUCUAUCCAGCAAUGUAAUAGCAUGCGUUGUGGUUGCUAUGAUCUCUAGUAUUGUCUCUAAAAUGAAGUUUAUCUAGACAAAGGCCAAAUGUCAUAGUCCAGAAACCUCUAUUACUAUAUGUAUGCUAGAUCCUUGUAAACAAGAUUGGUCCCGUAAACUAUGCCUUUUUCCUGGCAAAAAGUAUAUCCAUGUCUUUCCAUAAUCACACACAAUAAAACAUUUUUGGGAAUAGUGCUUUACUUUAAUUCCAUAUUGCCAAUCCACUUAGUUGUAGCAGACUUGUAAUGGCGGAAUCUUCCCUAUGAUAAUGUACAUAGGUGAUUGUGCUCUAUAAGUGGAUACUAUAUACACCCAACUCAAAGUGCUUUGGUUGUUCCGAUGGGUGGUGGUGGCGGUGGUUGUUGAUUUCACUCAAUUCUGUACUACAGAAAAGUGCAUAGUGACUUUAUUGUAAUCACUUAAAUUUUGUAUUAAAAUGUUCUCCCUAGAAAUUGGCUACUUUUCCCGUCACCCAUGUUGCAAUACCUUAGUAGCCCUAAAAACUUCCAUCAUUUUAGCUGUUUUUUUUUAUUUUAAUUUUUAUUAUUUUUCCUUCCUACUGUCUUUAGAAAGCAUAAUUCUGUGGACCAGUGCCACAGAGUCUGAUAUUUAUAGAAGGCUAGUCUUAAUGUAUGGAGGUAAAACAUGAACUAAUGUGUAUAUGGAAGUCACAAUAUGGCUUGAUGUUUUUUAAGUUAAUAAAAAAACACAAAGUAUUGUGUGUGGCUUAAGCUAAAAAAAAAUCUACUUGCAUGUUUUAGGUCUCAUGUAUAUACUACUGUUUGAAAUGUAAAGGAAUUUAAUAUUUUCUAUAUUUUUUUUCAUUAAAAUUUCUUUU